AGGACGCUGCCAGGCGCGGAGUGGCUGCCCCGCGCGGGGACACUCAGAGCCCGGUGGGCAGGAGGAAGGCGGCAUGCCCCAGACGGUGAUCCUCCCGGGCCCUGCGCCCUGGGGCUUCAGGCUCUCGGGGGGCAUAGACUUCAACCAGCCUUUGGUCAUCACCAGGAUUACACCAGGAAGCAAGGCGGCAGCUGCCAACCUGUGUCCUGGAGAUGUCAUCCUAGCUAUUGACGGCUUUGGGACAGAGUCCAUGACUCAUGCUGAUGCGCAGGACAGGAUUAAAGCAGCAGCUCACCAGCUGUGUCUCAAAAUUGACAGGGGAGAAACUCGCUUGUGGUCUCCACAAGUAUCUGAAGAUGGGAAAGCCCAUCCUUUCAAAAUCAACUUAGAAUCAGAACCACAGGAUGUGAACUACUUUGAACACAAGCACAAUAUUCGGCCCAAACCUUUCAUAAUCCCGGGCCGAAGCAGUGGAUGCAGUACUCCCUCCGGGAUUGACUGUGGCAGUGGACGCAGCACCCCUUCUUCUGUCAGUACUGUUAGUACCAUUUGCCCAGGUGACUUGAAAGUUGCGGCUAAGCUGGCCCCUAACGUUCCUUUGGAAAUGGAACUUCCUGGUGUGAAGAUUGUACAUGCUCAGUUUAAUACACCUAUGCAGUUGUACUCAGAUGACAAUAUUAUGGAAACACUCCAGGGUCAGGUUUCAACAGCCCUAGGGGAAACACCUUUGAUGAGCGAGCCCAUGGCCUCGGUGCCCCCCGAGUCGGAUGUGUACCGGAUGCUCCACGACAAUCAGAAUGAGCCCACACAGCCUCGCCAGUCGGGCUCCUUCAGAGUGCUCCAGGGAAUGGUGGACGAUGGCUCUGAUGACCGUCCGGCUGGAACGCGGAGUGUGAGAGCUCCGGUGACGAAAGUCCAUGGCGGUUCAGGCGGGGCACAGAGGAUGCCGCUCUGUGACAAAUGUGGGAGUGGCAUAGUCGGUGCUGUGGUGAAGGCGCGGGAUAAGUACCGGCACCCUGAGUGCUUCGUGUGUGCUGACUGCAACCUCAACCUCAAGCAAAAGGGCUACUUCUUCAUAGAAGGGGAGCUGUACUGCGAAACCCACGCAAGAGCCCGCACGAAGCCCCCAGAGGGCUAUGACACGGUCACCCUGUAUCCCAAAGCUUAAGUCUCUGCAGGCGCGGCACGCACGCACGCACCCACGCGCACUUACACAAGAAGACAUUCACGGCUUUGGGCAGAAGGAUUGUGCAGAUUGUCAACUCCAAAUCUAAAGUCAAGGCUUUAGACCUUUAUCCUAUUGUUUAUUGAGGAAAAAGAAUGGGAGGCAAAUGCCUGCUAUGUGAAAAAAACAUACACUUAGCUAUGUUUUGCAAGUCUUUUUGUCUUUGGGGCUAGCAAUAAUGGUAUUUAAAGCAAUAAUUUUUUGUAUGUCAUACUCCACAAUUUACAUGUAUAUUACAGCCAUCAAACACAUGAACAUCAAGAUAUUUGAAGGAGUCCAAUUGUCUUUCCUUGAGAAGUUGAUUUUGCAAUUGUGGUAAAUACCAAAUAACAAUCUUGUAUUCUAACAUAAUCUGCAGUUGUCUGUAUCUGUUUUAACUAUUACAGUGCAUGUUAGGGAGAAAUUCCCUGAAUUUCUUUAGUUUUGUAUUCAAACAAUUAUGCCACUGGAUGCAACAAACAUAAUAAAUACAUAAAAGAUUUAAAAAAUACCGAAUGAAGUGGCAUUCAUUGAAUUCAAAUAAAAUCAACAUUUCAAUGAGAGAACCCAAUCGUAUCUGAACAUGUACACUAACAAAUAUUUUAAGAUAAAUGUGGCUUCUUCAGGUUUUAUAACUCAUUACUCUUUCUUGUGAGCACAAAAUUUCUGAUGAUAGGGGAAGCGUUGAAAUUUGCUACUUAAAGCUAGUUCAGUCUCUUUCAAAUUAAAAGUUUCACUUGCUUGAA